AAACCCUAAACACCUACAUCCAAUCUGUCAACCUACGUUCAACAUUACUUCCCUCCUUCACUUCUCUAAUUGUCGCUGCAGCAGUUUACAACGUUGUCUUCAACUUGGUUCUGCCUCGAGUAAAGAUUGAUUGUCAGUGAUGGAGCUUGGGUCAUAUUCUGAUCAGAGUAAAUCAACCUUUUCUCUGGUGGAUGAGGAUCACACAUUUGCAAACUCUGUCCGGUUCACUCUAAAUCAAGAGUUAGUAGUGUGGAUAUUCUUAUGUUACUCUCUGGAUUUGUUUAUAAUUUUUCCAAGAGUGACAUUUUGUGGGUACAGCAUUCCUCAUCCUUCAGAUAAUCGAGUUAAUAUCAGAGUGCAGACAACAGGGGAUCCAGCAAGAGAAGUGUUGAAAGAUGGAUGCCAGGAUCUGAUGCUAAUGUGCCAGCAUGUUAGGAGCACUUUUGAUAAUGCUAUGACUGAUUUUAAAAGGACCCAAACUAAUACUGAACAGGAAAUGGAUACCAAAUAAAGUCUGCUCUAGACUUCUAUUUAUAGUGUUGAUAUUGAUUUGGGUGUGUAUUGUUGGUUUUAAUAGUAUACUGUGUAAGCAUUGGCAAAUGUUGGAGGUUAAGGAAAUAAAAUUUAUAUCAGCAAAAAAAAUGAAUAGUUUUAA